AUGAAUCGAAAACCACCCCACCAGCCAGCCACCCUGCCCUCAGACGUCAACCACCUGGAGGUGGGAGGUGGAGACAGUGGCCGCAUAGGUUCUGAGCUGCCCGGGACAGGCGUGCCGACCCCGGCCACGCCCCCCUCUGUGGUCCCAGCGCCCCCUGCUCCCCCGUCCCAGGCCACGCCCCACUCUGUGGUCCCAGCGCCCCCUGCUCUCCCGUCCCAGGCCACGCCCCCCUCUGUGGUCCCAGCGCCCCCUGCUCCCCUGUCCCAGGCCACGCCCCCCUCUGUGGUCCCAGCGCCCCCUGCUCUCCCGUCCCAGGCCACGCCCCCCUCUGUGGUCUCAGUGCCCCCUGCUCACCCCACCCCCUGCUCCCCCGUCCCCGUCACACCCCCCUCUGUGGUCCCAGCGCCCCCUGCUCCCCCGUCCCUGGCCACGACCCCCUCUGUGGUCCCAGCGCCCCCUGCUCCCUCGUCCCAGGCCACGCCCCCCUCUGUGGUCCCAGCGCCCCCUGCUCCCCUGUCCCAGGCCACGACCCCUGCCACGCCCCCCUCUGUGGUCUCAGUGCCCCCUGCUCCCCCGUCCCAGGCCACGCCCCCCUCUGUGGUCCCAGCGCCCCCUGCUCCCCCGUCCCAGGCCACGCCCCCCUCUGUGGUCCCAGCGCCCCCUGCUCCCUCGUCCCAGGCCACGCCCCUCUUUGUGGUCUCAGUGCCCCCUGCUCACCCGUCCCAGGCCACGCCCCCCUCUGUGGUCCCAGCGCCCCCUGCUCACCCGUCCCAGGCCACGCCCCCCUCUGUGGUCCCAGCGCCCCCUGCUCUCCCGUCCCAGGCCACGCCCCCCUCUGUGGUCCCAGCGCCCCCCGCUCCCCUGUCCCAGGCCACGCCCCCCUCUGUGGUCCCAGCGCCCCCUGCUCCCCCGUCCCAGGCCACGCCCCCCUCUGUGGUCCCAGCGCCCCCUGCUCCCUCGUCCCAGGCCACGCCCCUCUUUGUGGUCUCAGUGCCCCCUGCUCACCCGUCCCAGGCCACGCCCCACUCUGUGGUCCCAGGGUCCCCUGCUCACCCGUCCCAGGCCACGCCCCCCUCUGUGGUCCCAGCGCCCCCUGCUCCCCCGUCCCAGGCCACGCCCCCCUCUGUGGUCCCAGCGCCCCCUGCUCUCCCGUCCCAGGCCACGCCCCCCUCUGUGGUCCCAGCGCCCCCCGCUCCCCUGUCCCAGGCCACGCCCCCCUCUGUGGUCCCAGCGCCCCCUGCUCUCCCGUCCCAGGCCACGCCCCCCUCUGUGGUCCCAGCGCCCCCCGCUCCCCCGUCCCAGGCCACGCCCCCCUCUGUGGUCCCAGCGCCCCCUGCUCCCCCGUCCCAGGCCACGCCCCCCUCUGUGGUCCCAGGGUCCCCUGCUCCCCCGUCCCAGGCCACGCCCCACUCUGUGGUCCCAGGGCCCCCUGCUCCCCUGUCCCAGGCCACGCCCCACUCUGUGGUCCCAGGGUCCCCUGCUCCCCCGUCCCAGGCCACGCCCCACUCUGUGGUCCCAGGGUCCCCUGCUCCCCCGUCCCAGGCCACGCCCCACUCUGUGGUCCUAGGGCCCCCUGCUCCCCUGUCCCUGGCCACACCCCCCUCUGUGGUCCCAGCGCCCCCUGCUCCCCUGUCCCUGGCCACACCCCCCUCUGUGGUCCUCAGCAGUUUCCCACUCCUGGCCCCCACCCCAGCUUCACGCUGCCCUAGGCGUGCUCCUGAGCCUGCCCCUGCACCCCGAGACCGGGCCUUUGCCGUCACCUCACUCCCCCCGAGUCUGCUGCAAGGGUGCCCUUUCAGAGGCGCCGAGUCUGGACACAGGGUUCCCGCUGGCCCGUCCCACCACUCAGGGGUGUCAGCUGUGCUGGUUGCUGUCCCCCCAAGCCAGGAGCGGGCAAAGCUCUGCAUGGCCCCCUGCCCCCUCCUGUGGGGGCCUGUCUCCGUGGAGCCCAGCUAUUCCCCCGUCCCUUCCUUUGGCUUGGUGACCGCUCCGGCAGGCUGUUUAUCCACCCCACACACCCUUGCCUCCUGGUUUCACCUGGCAUCGUCCUCAGCCUUUCGCAUCUCCCCUGACCUACUUCCGACUGGACUGGACGCCCCACUGCUCAGGAUCCUGUGUCAGCCAGGGUCCCAUCAGGAGGGCGGAGGCUGCACGGUUGUCCAAACCCAGAAUGCGUCUAAGGAGCGGGCUGGCGAGUGGGAGGUACUGGAGGAUGGGGGAUCAGGGAUGCUGAGGGGAGAGGGGGAGAGGCUGAGGGACGUGGACGUGGGUCCAACCUCCGAGGGCAGGACGCUGGACUGCGGGCAGCCAGGCGCUCAGCCCUCAGGCCGGGGUCUGCAACCCCCCGCCGUCUCGGGACCUCAGGGAUGA